GGGGGUGGUACCUCCGGAGCGGCGCGGCGGGCCGGGAGCGGAGGAUGCUGCUGCCGCCGCCGCUGUUGCUGCUGCUGCUGCUGCCGCUACCGGCCCUGGCGGAGGGUCGGCGGGCGGCCGUGCUGCGGCUGGGGCUGCGGGGCAGCCCCCGCGGGGAGGUGAACCCGGCUUUCCUCUCCCUCACCCUGGACGCCAGCCUGGCCCGGGACCCGCGCUAUGUCGCCUUGCUCAGCAAUCCCAAGCUGCGUGCCCUGGCGACGGCCCUGUCCCCAGGCUUCCUGAGGUUUGGCGGCACAGAGACAGAUUUUCUUAUCUUUGAUCCCAACAAGGAUUCAACUUCGGAAGAAAAAAUCCUCUGGGAACUUCAGGCCCAGCAAGAGGCUUGUGGCUCGAGGCCUGCGUUUGCUGCUGUUGAGAAGCUGCUGCUGGCCCAGUGGCCCAGCCAGGAGGAGCUGAUUCUUGCAGAGCAUAACCGGAAAAAGCACAAAAACACCACCAUUACAAGAAACACGCUAGAUAUUCUCUACAGCUUUGCAAACUGCUCAGGGUUUCACCUCAUCUUUGGGCUCAACGCCUUGCUGCGGAAAGGUGGCUUGCAGUGGGACAGCUCGAAUGCCCGGGCACUGCUGGACUACUGCGCCUCGCAGAGGUACAACAUCUCCUGGGAGCUUGGGAACGAGCCCAAUAGCUUCAGGAAGAAAGCCGGCGUCUACAUCGAUGGCUUCCAGCUGGGGCAAGAUUUUAUUCACUUACGCCAACUUCUGAGUGACUAUACCCUCUACCGGCACGCGAAGCUCUACGGUCCCGAUGUCGGACAGCCCCGAAAGCACACGCAGAAGCUGCUGAGAAGCUUCCUUAAAUCGGGAGGGAAGGUGAUCGACUCUGUCACGUGGCACCAUUACUAUGUGAAUGGACGAAGUGCAACAAGGGAGGACUUUGUGAGCCCUGAAGUGCUGGAUACCUUUGCCACAGCCACACGCGAAGUCCAGGAGAUUGUUGAUGGGACUGUGCCCGACAAGAAGGUCUGGCUAGGAGAGACGAGUUCUGCCUACGGAGGUGGAGCUCCCAGGCUGUCCAACACUUACGUUGCUGGCUUUAUGUGGCUGGACAAACUCGGGCUUUCAGCCAGGCAGGGGAUUGACGUGGUGAUGAGACAGGUUUUCUUCGGGGCAGGGACCUAUCACCUGGUGGAUGCCAACUUUGAGCCUCUACCCGACUACUGGCUAUCGCUGCUCUACAAGAAGCUGGUGGGUACCAAGGUGUUGCAGGUCAGUCUGGUGGGAGCCGAUGAGAGGAAGCUCCGCGUGUACCUCCACUGCACCAGCGCCCUCCACCCAAAGUACAGAGAAGGGGACGUGACGCUGUUUGCCUUAAACCUCUACAACGUUACUCAACAUUUGCAGCUACCGGAUUACUUAUCGAGCAAGCACGUGGAUCAGUACCUCUUACUGCCUCAUGGCAAAGACACCAUACUUUCCAGGUCUAUUGAGCUGAACGGCCGUGUGCUACGGAUGGUGGAUGACAGAACGCUGCCAGAGCUUAUCGAAAAACCCCUUGGUCCCAGCGGUGUAUUUGGCCUUCCAGCCUUCUCUUACGGCUUUUACGUUAUCAAAAAUGCCAAAGCUACUGCUUGCAUUUAAAUGGUUAAUCCAUGCACGCAGGAUAAAUGUAAAGCACUUGGCUAGCAGAAGUUCAAUCCUAGAAAUUCACUUUUCCACCAUGAGUUUUAAUUCUGGCAAGGGAUGUAAAUGUGGUGGCGCUGGUACGAUCUGUGGGGUAGGGAACACAUGAGGUCACGCUGGGUAAUUUGUGUGUGAAAGAUGCUUGUUAAGCUCCUGGGAGAAAUAUCCAGGUAGAGCAAUCCCAGGCAGGGGGCUGGGUUUGCUCUCUAUCCAGCCUGGGUCACUGCGCUUGAGCACGGGGCCCUUCUCCAUGCCAUAUGUGGAGCUGCAUCCGCUUCUUAUGCUGCGCUUGGGGCUCUGCCAGCUGGGAACUGCAACCUCCCCUCUCCCUUUGAUUUUUGCAAGCGCAGCUUUUAAAGCAGCUCCUUCAAAAGCUUGCCUUCGGAAAGGAUGAGCAGGGUUUUCAUUGUAGCUGUAGAGCUGUGAUUUUGCCUGCACCAUGCGGGGAAGCCCGAGGAGGGGUUGUGGUUGCUGAGGGCAUCUCGGGGUGGGAAGCAGAGACACUCAAAGCAAACCGUGGCUGGGUGCCUGCACUGGAGAACGCCUUGACAAGAAACCAGGUCUCCUCCAUGGGAUUUGGGGCAGAACAGCAUGUUUUUCGCAAGCCAGGAGAGUUCAGUCACAAGAUGGAGCUGUGGACAUGUGCUUUCCAAAGGCGAGUUUUUGACAGACGAAAAUCAGGCCGUUCCUGGAGGAUGUCUCGUCUACCUCUGCCCUCACACACUUCAUCCCCAGGAGGGAAGGAGAGGAGCCCACCAGCGCCCCAGCAAACCUUCCGCGGUCAGUGGGCUGCAUGCGGAGGGCUCGUGAUUCUUCAACCUUCACCACCCCACGGGUGAUGCAGCUGGAAAGGACUUCCCUGAACCUGUCAUCCGCAGGUGAAGCUCUGCUUUACGCUCCCGAACUCGCUCAGGUGUCUUCUGUCCUCGAGGAAACAGGAGAGUAAGGAGACUGAGCAAACCAUCCACCCCUUGACCAUCAGAGGGACUUCAGUGUCCUUAGAGCAUCCUGGGGACAAACCCGCCCAGCCAGGCUGACAUCCCUCCCAUUGGGAAAACAGCCAUUUUGGCCAGAAAUCUGUGCUGGCAGUGGCUUUUCUCCCCGGCCAUGCCUUCCCCGUGCACACCCUGCUGUGGUUUGGUGUGCCACCAGUCUGCAGGGCAGCAGAACCCCUGGGAGAAUACCCGUGGUCUCCCCUACAGGUUUAUUUGCAUCUGCUUUUCUAGAAGACAUAUAACCCAUGCCACUGUCAACACCUUACGAUAUUUUGAGCACAGCAGGGAAAAACACCACCACCACACCGCUGUAAUUCCCUUUUUAAGCUUUAAAAGGAUGCUACCAGCGCUACAAGAGGUUUCAAUGCAGGGCAGGGCUGGGGAGGGGACCUUUUUUAGCGAGCAGACUUUAAAAACAGGCGUACUUUUGAAGCCGUGAUGAAAAAUUGCACAAUAAAAAGUUUAUAUUUAAGUUCGGCGUCAAAGGAAUGCUUGCAUCCACAGUGCAGACGCGUUCUGUGAAGGGUUGUGUAUCAGGGGGUAAUACAGAUCAGAAAUAAGAAUAAGGAAGGCUAAUUUUCUUUCCGUUGUCCAAGUUAAAUAACAGAAGCAAAGAGAGUGUAAAAUGGAGUGGGAAGUCUUUCAUACAGUCAAUGUAAAUUUAAUAAUAUAUUACUAUUAUAGUAAUAUAAAUUGCAACUAAGACAUCAAAGUAACUGUUUGCCUGGUAGCCUCUUUUUCUAACAGUUUUGUUUAUUCCAAUGCUUGUGAUUUUUAUAGUUGAAGAUUUUAAUUAAAGCGAUUU